UUCUGCAAAAUUUUUGAUAAACCUUCAAUCAAAAUGUAUGUAGCUUGGACACGGGCCAGCCCAACACCAAUUAAAAUGGUAUAAAAUGCUAAGAGUAACUUUGUGCUUCCUUUAUCCCCUAAGAUAAAGACAUUGAACAAAGAUGCUAUUUUCUACCAAAGACUCUGUGCCAGAGGUCACUCAAGUUCCAUCACAAAUUAAGUUUGCACCCUUUCCACCUUGCAACUAUACGUAAAGGGGCUUGCCACAGGCAAGAAAGCAAAAUUGCCAAGUCUGUUCUGAAUUGAACAAAGUUAAAAUUAUGCAGCACUUAAUAAGAUCUAUCAGAGCCUGAUAUCAAUAGAUGCAAUGCAAACCACACAUAUAUAGUGUACUAAAAGCUCUACAGCGCUUUAAAAAAUAUAUUCAGAAUUAUUGUACCAUACCUGAUCAAACGGCCUUUUAGGGAAUUUCUUUUUAACGACUUGUCCAAACAACUACCUGCUGCAGAUGUCUUUUGAAAACUACUGUGCAAACAUCCAUUGCCGAAAUCGUUGGUUCGACAUUUAAGAAAGAAUAUUUACCCCUGCAGUAUUGAAAAAGUCAUGGCAACAACUGGAAGGUGCUCCAAAGUGGUGUAUGUACCCAUACAAAUGUUGAUUAGAACGGUGGCAGCGCUUGUUCAGGAUAUUUAAAGAUUAAUCAUUAGUUUUGCAGUGUUAAUUGUGCCUCAUAUCACGCAUAAAGUUCUGCUUGCCGCCAGUUGAUAAACUGAGCCAGAGAAGUCUGAGAAGAUGCCGCUUAGCAAAACUGAAACUACUCUACUGACAACUGGAAUGCUCCUUCUUUGCUUCAUAUCAGUUGUUGGAAAUUUACUGACGGCUAUUGCAACAUGCAGAAUCUCAAAGUUGCGAACAAGAACCAACAUCUUAAUUGUCAACCUUGCAAUAUCAGAUAUUCUAAUUUCAAUGCUUGCUGCACCCCUGAGAAUGUUGCAAACAGAUGGACAUGCCUGGUCACUGAGGCUAGACAACUGCAGGAUAGUAAUAGCAUUGACUUUGUUUUUUUGUAAUGCCUCAGUUCUUAAUUUAACACUGAUAAGCAUUGACCGUGCGGCUAGCAUUGCUGCACCAUUAACAUACAAUCAUUCGUACGCAAGUAAAAAGUUUGCCCUGCAAAUCAUUGCUUCGUGGAUGACGUCUGUACUGAUAUCGCUGCUACCGUUCUUUGGAUUUGGUUGGAAAAUAGAAAAUGAGCACAAAAGUGGUGGAAAGACUAUUGAAAUGUGUAGAUAUUUGACAAUACGACGUGAUUACGUACUGUUUGUUUUCUCUGUGGCAGUUUUUUUCCCACUGCUAGUAAUGAUGACUUGCUAUGCAUACAUUUUCAAAACUGCCCUUCAUCAUUUGAAGAGGAUAGCUGCUGUAGAAACGAUUGCCUUGAACAAUAACAAAAUAGGUGGAAAUACCCAAAGUAAGUACAAUAGUAUUUGGUAUAAACCAUCUUAGGCCUUAACUGCUAAAACCUUACCCUACAUAAACUCCAUGGCACUUGAUAAUUUCCAUAUGAUAUUUCUGACUUUUUCCACGAACCCCGGCAUUUCCCGAAGCAAUCACUUUGCCCGUUCACUCUUAUGAUUCGCUUUAAUUGCUAAAAACCGUCAAUCAUUAAAAGCUAUGGCAUCCUUUUCCAGUGAAUACCAAUACAGAAACUUUUAACUGAAUUCUCUGUUUUAAGAUCUUCGCAUAUUGAACAUUGUUUAGCCUCUUAUGCCCAGUCCGUCAUUUGGUCCGCGCUUUUGGAUUCGUGAACAAGCUUUGUUGUCAUCACAGUAUAUGUGUGUACUCCUGCAAGUACUUCUGCAAGUAUCUAUAAUUUCUAAAUUUACAUAUUUUGGG